AUCCCAACCAACCAACCACCAUGGUGACACCUAGCUUUAUCCUGAAUACCUUCACCUCUCAACAACACCAUUAACACGUCGAUUUCAAUCUAUUCCGCCUCUCAUCAACCCCAUUAACACGUCCAAUUCAAUCCAUUCAACCGCAACAAUGACCGCCCCCCUCUUCUCCCCUUCCCUAAUCCCCGUCUCAAUCCAAUCCCAGCUUCCAUCCGGUUACAAAGUCCGACCCCUAGAGCGCACCGACUACGGCCUGGGCUUCCUCGACGUCCUCCGGGUGCUCACGACCGUUGGUGACAUCAGCGAGGAAGCAUGGACGGAGCGCUACGACUGGAUGGCAGAGCACUCGUCCGAGUACUUCAUUGUGUGCGUCGAAGACGACUCUGGGAAGGUUGUCGGCGUAGGCUCUCUCGUUGUUGAGCGGAAAUUUCUCCGUAACCUAGCAGCGUGCGGCCACAUCGAGGAUAUUGCCGUUGCGUCCGAGCAGCAGGGAAAGAAGCUGGGCCUGCUGAUUAUUCAGACGCUGGAUGCCAUUGCGCAGGCGGUGGGAUGCUACAAGGCUAUUCUUGAUUGCUCCGAGAAGAAUAGGCCGUUCUAUGAGAAGUGCGGGUACAAGCUUGCGGGUAUCCAGAUGGCGAGGUACUACGACGGUAGCACGCCGAAGGAUGCUCCUAAGGAGUCGACGUAGGUUUGGCAUACCCGGGAGUUAUAGAAUUGGAUGCUUGAGGGUGAUAGAUAGACGGUGUUGGAAUUGUUUCAGUACUGUGGGAACAUUACAGGCCUUCUUCUGUAUAGCCACUCUAUCCUGUCCUCUCAAGUCAUCAACACCCAAUAACCACC